AUGUUAAAAGGCACUAGUUCUAAAAAUAGAAAACUAUAUCAAUCUUAUCUUGUUUCUAAUUCUAAAAAUAAAGAUAAUGAUGACAUUAAAUCUCCUGAUAUGAAAGGUAAAAAUAGACAAAUGGAUAAUAUUACACAAACAAAAUAG